UCGACCGUCUCCUCUGACUGCAUGGCGAACAGGAACAAUGUGUCUGAAUUCAUCUUCUUGGGACUCACCGCAGAUCAGGACUUACAAAAAGCCUGUUUUGCGCUCUUUCUGGUCCUCUACGCAGCAAUAUUAACGGGGAAUGUACUUAUCAUUGCCACCGUCAAGAGCAGCUCCCGUCUGAACUCUCCCAUGUAUUUCUUCCUGAGUUACCUCUCCUUUGUAGAUAUUGGCUACUCAUCUGCUACUGCCCCCAAACUGAUUGCAGACUUCCUUGUUGAGAAGAAAAUCAUCUCCUUUGCUGGCUGCAUGACACAGCUCUUUGUGUUCCACUUCUUUGGUGUCACUGAAAUCUUCCUCCUUACAGUGAUGGCGUAUGACCGGUACAUAGCUAUCUGCAAGCCCCUCCAUUACACAACUAUUAUGAGCAAAAGUGUAUGCAAUUGGACGAUGAGGGCAUUAUGGCUGGGAGCAUUUGCACAUUCGAUGGUACAGACUCUCCUCACCUUACAUCUCCCCUUCUGUGGGCCCAAUGAAAUUGACCAUUAUUUUUGUGAUGUCCACCCUCUAUUGAAAUUGGCCUGUACUGAUACUCAUAUUGUUGCGUAUGUUGUCAUUGUCAAUAGUGGCAUGGUUUCUCUAGUCAGUUUUGUUCUCCUGACAAUUUCAUAUAUCAUUAUCCUAGUCACUCUGAGAACUCGUUCUUCUGAAGGGCGCCUCAAAGCCCUCUCCACCUGUGGCUCUCACAUCACGGUAGUGAUUUUAUUUUUUGUGCCUUGCAUCUUCAUCUACCUGAGGCCUUCCACCACGUUCUCAGAGGACAAGGGCGUGGCCGUGUUCUACACCAUUAUCACCCCUAUGCUCAACCCUUUGAUUUACACCUUGAGAAAUGAAGAGGUGAAAAAUGCAAUGAGAAAAUUAUGGAGCAAGAAAAAAGUACUUUGGGGUGGUUAA